AUGCCUGUGCUGCCCGUGCCUGUGCUGCCUGUGCCUGUUGCUGCCCGUGCCUGUGCUGCCCUGUGCUGCCUGUGCCUGUUGCUGCCUGUGCCUGUGCUGCCUGUGCCUGUGCUGCCCGUGCCUGUGCUGCCCGUGCCUGUGCUGUCUGUGCCUGUUGCUGCCCGUGCCUGUGCUGCCCUGUGCUGCCUGUGCCUGUUGCUGCCUGUGCCUGUGCUGCCCGUGCCUGUGCUGCCCGUGCCUGUGCUGCCUGUGCCUGUGCUGCCUGUGCCUGUUGCUGCCCGUGCCUGUGCUGCCCUGUGCUGCCCGUGCCUGUGCUGCCCUGUGCUGCAUGUGCCUGGUGCUGCUCGUGCCUCCUGUCGCUGA